GGGGCUGCUGGAGCGCUCCUGUCACUAGUGGCUGCUGCCUGCCGGGGCGGGGGGAGGCUGCCAGCGACUGCGGCGGCUGAGGCGGCGGGCGAGCGUCAGCGCCGGGCUCGGCCCCCUUCGUGCAGCUGUGAAUUCCAUUACAAAGUUGAUGAAAGGCAUCAGCGUAUCCUGCCUUCACAGAUAAAAGAUGGGUGGAUUAUUUUCCCGAUGGAGGGCAAAACCUUCAACAGUAGAAGUUCUGGAAAAUAUAGAUAAGGAAAUCCAAGCAUUAGAAGAAUUUAGAGAAAAAAAUCAAAGAUUACAGAAACUAUGGGUUGGAAGGUUACUCCUCUACUCCUCACUUCUUUACCUGUUUACUUGCAUAGUGGUAUACUUGUGGUAUCUUCCGGAUGAAUUUACAGCAAGACUCACUAUGACACUACCGUUUUUUGCAUUUCCAUUGAUCAUAUGGACCAUAAGAACAAUACUUAUUUUCUUCUUUUCCAAGAGAACAGAAAGAAAUAAUGAAGCAUUGGAUGAUUUAAAAUCACAGAAGAAAAAAAUACUUGAAGAAGUCAUGGAAAAAGAAACUUACAAGACUGCUAAAUUAAUUCUUGAAAGGUUUGAUCCAGAAUCAAGGAAGGCAAAGGAGCUUGAGCCAUCAUCUUUAGGAGCAGCUGCAACUGCCAGGCCUGGACAAGAAAUCCGUCAGCGGACUACAGCUCAAAGAAACCUUUCUCCAUCAACACCAGCAAGUCCGAACCAAGGAUCACCUCUACAAGUUCCAGGAUCUCCCGGUCCACAAAAGGAUACUUCAGCUCCUGGUGGACCACCGGAAAGAGCUGUUGCUCCAGCCUUGCAGUCAAAUGUGUUACCAAGGCGUCUUGGAUCCCCUGCUACUUCAAUGCCUGGAAUGGGUCUUCAUCCUCCUGGUCCACCUUUAGCAAGACCCAUUCUCCCUCGAGAAAGAGGUGCUCUGGAUAGAGUUGUUGAGUAUCUAGUUGGUGAUGGUCCACAGAACAGGUAUGCUCUUAUAUGUCAACAGUGUUUUUCUCAUAAUGGCAUGGCUUUGAAGGAAGAGUUUGAAUACAUUGCAUUUCGGUGUGCAUAUUGUUUCUUCCUGAAUCCUGCAAGAAAAACUAGACCUCAGGCUCCAAGACUUCCAGAGUUCAGUUUUGAGAAGAGACAGCUUUUGGAAGGACAGAGUUCUGUUGGUCCUGUGCAACUAGGAAGUACGAUUUCACAAGAGAACCAAUUUACUGAAGGAGCAGCAGUGCCCCAGAAGUCUUAUUGUCUGUCUGAAAUCUCCGGAAUGAAGUCUAACUGGCUCAAACUCAGCCCCAUUAAGAGUCUUUAGAAGAAAAAGAUGUACCUAUUAAUUGCACAGAUCAGACAGAAGAAAAAGCAUCAGAUACAGAGCAGACAAAUCAAACAAAUGAAAAAGCAUCUGGUCCAAUGGAACAAGAAGACAACGUAGCAGGGGAGGCUGAGAACAAAGAAACUACAGUUAAUGAAGCCAAAUCUACAAUUUCUAAUGCUGAUUCUGCUGCUGUUGAUGAACCAAAUGGAGAGUCUUUGAUGGAAAUUGAGUAAAUGCUUCCAAGUGCCUUCAACUAGAUCUCUGUAACUACUUGUUGAUGUCAGCUAUUGCUUUACAGGUGGUGUUUCUGUUUCUGUUGGUUUUUUUUUUGUUUUUGUUUUUUUUUUUUGUUGGUUGGUUGGUUGGUUUCAGUUUUUUAACAGUCUUUUUGGUAUCUGAGCUGUGACUGCCUAGCUAUUUCAGUCUGUCAAGUCCAUCUACUAGGUAUUUAAAGUUGAAAGGGUAAUGCUAUCAGUGCAAUAAAACCCUAUAGAAUAUGCAAAGAUUAGCAUUAUGACAGUUUCUAAACAUAUUUUGGCCACUUUAAGCAAAUGCGAUAGCAAGUUUAUUUUCUCAUACACGUGACCUGUAAAUAAUAUUCAUUUUGUCAGAGGAAGAACUUUGAUUAGGAAGAACUAUCAUAGCAUUUGGUUUAAAGAAUGAAAAUCUUGUAGGAUUUUUAAUGUCUUAACAUUAAAAAAUGGAUAGGAUUUUUCACCUGUAGAUAUUUGCUGGAUAAAGUGUAUAUUUAGGCACUCAUCUUUAAGCCGUAUAAAGUUAUUCUAUAACUGUAACUAUAGACAUUGUUGCAUAAAUAUUUUUACUACGAGUACAGUUGAACAGUCAAUUGCAGUAUUUCUUUUGAUGUCACUUACUUUGCAGAUGGGCCAAAGGCACAUGUGUUAUGUAUCUAGCUAGUGUUUACAUGAAGACAAAAUAGGAAAUUUCUCUACAUUUGAUUGUACUUGAAUGCCGACCAUUAUUUAUACUUGUAUAAUAAUGAUGUAAGUGAAUUUUGUGCCUUUGUGUGUGUAUUUUGUUAAGGAAAAUAAAGACUUAUCUAGCAGCAUUUUAAAACUUUUAAUUUUUGUUAAACAUUGAGAGUUUUUGAAACAACCUUUGGGCAUGUGUUUUUGUUAAACUAUGAAAUUUCAUAAUGUGAAGAACUCUGAGUUGAUAAAUCUUCAAGCUAUUUGUUCCUUUUUUAGGGAGUGUUUGUGUUUAAAUUAGUUGCUUUUAAAAUUUUGGAAAAAAUUAAAAUGAAGCAUAUAUUUAUUUCAUCAUCUUCUAAAUCCUUUUAAUCUAGGAUAGGCAGAGUUCACCUAGCAUGGUUAAUUGGUUCCAUAGUAACAAAUUUUAGGCAAAACAACAUCACGAAGGCCAGUUAUAGGAAUAGAAUUAAGCAGAAUAGAAUGCAGGAGCUAUCUAGGUAGUGAGCAGGAGCUAUCUAGGUAGUGAGCAAGAGCUACACAGGUAAAAACUUCAUAGUAGGGUUUGGUUAUAAUGUUCUGACAGUUUGCAAUACUCUUAAUUUAUUUGGAAGCAUUAGCAAAAUAUGAAUCCUUAUGUCUGUAGAUCAGAAGCUACAUUUUUAAAACAUUAAUUAUACUUUAAUGCCACUUGGACCUGUGGACUUUGGUAAGGAAGUUUAUUACUAUGAUAACCGGUAGUUAUUUGCUAGGAACUGGAUUACAGUUUCCUACAGUGAUACUGAGGAUUAAAUGGGAGAAAAGAUGCAUAUAAAUGAUUCCUUAAGAUUAAAGCAUGGAAGCAGUUCCAUGGUCUUGAAUAUUGAGUUUUUACUCUAAGAUUAAAGUUGAUAUUUCUUGCUUCUUUGUAGAUCUUAAAAAAUACUAGAUCCUUUUGGUGCCAGCUGAUUGUCCAAAACAAGUUGAAAGGAAGCUGUUAUGCAAAAUUGAAUGUAUUCAGUAUAUAUAACAGCUGUUUCUUAAAUUGUACACAUAUGCCUCAUUAAAAACUAAAUGAAACAUUA